CUCGCAAGAGAGUGGGCCGAGUUUGAUUGCCUUUAGACGAAUGCCGUGCGUCUGGUGGAAAGGCGGGUUUGCCAUUUGUGAAAGGCUCAGCUGGUGCCCUGGAUGCAGCCGAAGACUGUCCUGACACCGGCGGGCUGUUCGUGGCUGAUGGUCAGCCUGGAUGAAGGGCCCGACCACUAACUCUCCUAAGCCUUCUUCCGAGCGAGCUGGUACCUCGUGAACUGCGUCGUCGUGUUUCCAGCUGACUGCAUCUCCCUUGCGACAGCGACGGUAAAGCGUGCCCGUGUGAAAGUGUGCUUGCUGUCACUGCAGAGACAGGUACCAGUGUAAAUACAGACUCCACGAGGUGUUCAUGUGGGUUUCCAUUGUGUCCAGUAUAAAAGAAGAGGAGCAGCGUGCGGCCUUCGAGCAGCAGAUCUCAGUCUUAGCGCCGUGAACAUUCCCACAAACAUGCGCGUCAUCUUCGCAGUUGCCCUCCUGUCGUCGGCCGUCGUCGCCACUGACUUCGACCAGUGCGACCAAGGAUCAGCGCCCAGCAAGCUGGUGGUGGCCGGAUGCGACAAGCAGCCGUGCGCCUUCCAGCCGGGGAAGCCGAUCAGCGCAGACGUCUCCUUCAGCGUCGACCAUACUGUCACCAAGAUGAAGCCUGACGUGAAGGCCCUCGCUCUAGGCACGACCAUAGACUAUCCUCUGCCUCAGCAGGACGGUUGCGCAGCUCUGGUCGACGCCUCCUGUCCAGUGGAGUCAGGAGAAUCCAUCAUCUACCACCUGCAGCUCAACAUCCCACCUAUCCAUAUCAAGUCCGGCGUGAACCUAACAUUUACGAUGGCAGACCAGUCCUCGAAAACUCUGACCUGCUUCAAGCUCAGCGGUCAAGUAGUAUGAUCUGAAGAGUCGACUUUUUCAGUCAAACAUGUGUUAACAGAUGCCUGUGUGUUCUUUGAAUUCAUACUGUUUAAUGUAUAAUAAAGUAUCGUCAUUUAGCAUCUAAA